AUAGUGCUAACCUGCUUUAUUAGUGAUUAACUAGGGACACAUUCUCUAGUACAUUAACAUAUUGUCACAUAGUGACUUGCAUGUCCUUGUUUUUACACUGUUGUAUUGUGUUCUAAAAUUUUCUUUUGUGUAAUCUCGGCUACAUUGAAUAGAGGGCUUGCCCUCGAUUGUACCUCCGAAAACUAAAUAAAGGUUGUUGAUAUGAGGGGAGUUAACCAAGGAAAACGUUCAACUGAUCGUGCAAACAAGCAGUUGUUUCAAACACCCAUACGAAAGAUUUAAGUCAAAGGUUUCCUUACCUCACCAUUUUGUGCAGAUACAGUAAUUUGGUCAAAUUACUAAACAAUGUUAAAAAAGAAAGUGGUGUUUGCAGUGUGUGUGUGAGCAAACUAGGGUUUAUAUAUAAAUGAAUACAUGCAACAUCGUACUUGUCCGAUGUUAUUGAAACCAUCAGCCGGAACCUUAAUGUGUCCAUGUCGCACUCCGCACCGUACAAUUUAACACGUUACACUUGUCACUUCCGGCGCUUGUUUGGCUGGUUGUUUGAAAUGAGAACGUUGGCCGUAUAAAGCAUAAUUUUAAUGCUUUAAUGGCAGGUUUAUUAAAUGUGGAUACACGCUGUGAAACAAGACGAGUCCUAUAGAGUGUACUACUGGAUCAACUUCACUCUUUCUACCGUACUAUGUUCAAAAAGAUGACUGAAUUUGGUCCAGAUUCCGGGGGGCGAGUUAAGGGAAUAACCAUUGUGAAGCCCAUUGUGUUUGGGAACGUUGCCCGUUACUUCGGGAAAAAGAGAGAGGAGGAUGGACACACACAUCAGUGGUCUGUCUAUGUGAAGCCUUACAGAAAUGAGGAUAUGUCUGCUUAUGUGAAAAAGAUCCAGUUUAAGCUACAUGAGAGCUAUGGUAACCCACUGAGAGUGGUGACUAAGCCUCCAUAUGAGAUUACAGAGACGGGCUGGGGGGAGUUUGAAAUCAUCAUCAAGAUCUUCUUCAUUGACCCCAAUGAGAGACCUGUGACUUUGUACCAUCUGUUGAAGCUGUUCCAGUCAGACUCCAGUGCCAUGCCUAAGAAGACAGUUGUCUCUGAAUUCUAUGAUGAAAUGAUCUUCCAGGAUCCUACAGCCAUGAUGCAGCAGCUACUGACCACGUCGAGACAACUCACCCUUGGAGCAUACAAGCAUGAGACAGAAUUCGGUGAGCUGGAGCAGAGGACCAAGGAAAAAAUGGAAGCAGCAAAGAAGAGAACCAGCCAGGAAAUCACAGAGCUGAAAGAUAAACUAAAAGCCAGCCGAGAAAACAUCAACCACCUGAAGGCAGAAAUCAGGAAACUGGAGGAGGAUGGAGACCACAAGGACCACUGAGAAAUGGGCAAACACAGACAUAAGUGAUUAAAAAACAAAAAAACAGGCAUUGUUGUGACAUAUUUUGAUUACACUUUUUUGUUAUUUGUUUUGUUUUUGUGUGUGUGUGUGUGUGUGUGUGUGUUUUUACAUGAUCUCUUAACAUCAUAUAUCUCAGAGAAGAC